AAUCUCUGGCCACGUACGACAUGACAUUUCCCAGCGGUAUGGUAUGUUUGCCGUAGCGUCGCUAUAUUAUCGUGCACAGACUCACCGUCAUCACCCCCGUGCAGCAAGCGUCCACUUCUCAACAGGAGACAUCAACUCACGCAGGUCAACAAUGCUCCUACGACUUGUUCCAGUUGCGCUGGUGAUCGUAGUUACCAGCAUCGGUUUCAGUGACACGCACUUGGUUGAGGUACCCGAAUCAUCCUACCCCCGGUACAUGCAUUUAGCGGUACGGUUGACCCGCUUGAAGUCGUUGAGUCGACGACCUGCCUUGUACCUGCUGGGUCUGAGGAAGGUUGUAUGGCCGAAUAACAAUGGUGAUCGAGUGGUGAUUACCAUCGAAGUGACCGACUCAACCUGCCAAAGCUGGCCGGUGAAUUCAUGGAACUGCAAGCCUCAGGUUAACUCGCCCCUUUAUACCUGCAUAGGGUUGGCACAAGUGAAAAAAGGGCUGAAGCUCGUUAAGUUUUGGCGCUCAAAGUGCUGGAGAAGCGUCUGUAGAAAAUGAGACCGCAUUGGCUAAACGUUUUAGCCGCAUCCCUUGGUCAUCACUUGUGCAGUGAUUUUGUUCUGUGGAUAAAUUAAACAAAAAUAUUGGGGCGAAAAGCCAGCUCUUGUGAUUCAAGACACUUUGCGACGUUUUGCGAGACCAGACAAGACUGUACGAGAACUGCUGAGACACUGCGACAUUCGGAAACAGAUAAAUACAUCGCUAUGCCUAAAGGAAACGUUGCAGAACUCUGUCAAUGGCGUCAUGUAGCAAGACGAGCAAUAUUCUAUUAGGCCUAUAUUUUACUCGGCAGUUUUCUCAUUGGCGGGUU